AUGAAUUUGUUUUCAUUUGAUUUUAAAUAACAUUAGAAUCAAAUAGUUGUAAUAUCAAUCUUUAAUUAUUAAAUUAAGAUUAAAAUCUUCCUGUAAAAAUAGCAUGGAUAUUUGAACAAAUUUUGCUUAUAUCAAGUUAAAAGGGCACUAUAAUAUAUAUUUAAAGUACAAAUUCUCACAAUAGAUUAAAAUUAAUUCAGAUAUUAAUAUCAAAUAAUAAUUGUUUAGAAUGUUAGAAUGGAAUAAUUUAAUUUGAUUUACAAUAAUAUUUAUCAAUAUAGAUUCAAGAAUUAUAUUGUAUCAAGAAUAAUAUAAGAAAUUAUGGAUGUAUAUACGCUAGAUCAUAAAAUUAAUAAGAAUCAUAAAUAGUAAUUAAGAAUUCUAUAUUCAACAAGAAUAGGGGCGCUAUAGGCUCUGCAAUUAUGGCUGAAAAUGUAAGAAUUGCUAUUGUCAAUUUGAAAUUAUUAAAUAAUAUUGCAACUUAUCAAGGAGGAGCUUUGUAUUUUUCAAUUAAUAACAAUUAAUUUAAUAUAUCUCAAACAAUUCUUUAUAAUAACAAAGCUAAAUAAGGAGGAGGAAUUUACUUAUAAGGUAAUAGUAAAUUAAAUUAAGAAAAUUUUAUAAAAUCAUGGAUGAAACUGAAUUCAGCAUCUCUUUUACCUAAUAAUCUUUAAGAAAUGCCAACUCAUUUAUCUUUAUCAAUUAAUAAUAUUGAGAUGAAAACUAUUUAGAAAAAGAUAAACAAUAAAACAUCAGAUAUUUUGUUUUUGUAACCUUAUCUUGUAAUGGAAUAAGGAAAGGUACAAUUAACGAAAUUAUUAAUGUUACCAAGCAAUUAAGUAAUUAUUAAUUACAAAAUAUAUAAUCCAUCAUAACUUAAAUUUGAGAAUUAUUUAGAAGAAUUUUCAAUAUCUUAUAAAAAUAAUCUUAAUGAAAAAUUACCUAAUUUUUCUAAUUCCACAUGUGAAAUUUUUAUGUAAACAUUAAUAAAUGAUACUCUAAUUGAUUCGACAAAUAUUGCAAAUAUUGAAUAUCAUUCUGAAUCAAAUAAUUUUGAUUUAAGAUUUUUAUCUAUAACUAUUAAUCCAUAAAAAUAAAAUAAUUAAACCAAUUAAAUUUAGAUUGUUUGUCACCUUAAUGAUUAAUCUGACACUUUGUUAUAUUAUAUUGAAAUUAAAGGUUUUAUGUGUUAAUUAGGAGAGUUUUAUUUUUAAUCAGGUUGUUAAAUAUGUUAAUCAAGUUAAGGAUAUUAUUCUGUAACAUACAAUACUACAAAAUGUUCAAUAUUUGAUUAAAAUAAAUUUGAAUCUAUAACUUCAAAUUAGAUUUAACUCAAGAAGGGUUAUUGGAGACCUGAUUAUUAAUCUGACUUGAUUGAACAUUUGUUGAUUUUUGUGAAGGAGGAUGGGUUGUGUCACAUGAUUUAUGUUUAGUAGGACAUAUUGGAGGUUUGUGUGAAGAAUGUGACAUGUAUAAUAUUAGAGGACAAGGAAAUUAUUUAAAAAAUGAAGAAAAUACAUCUUGUCAAGAUUGUUAAGAUGCAACUAAUAGUGUAUUUCCGUUUGUUCUUACCUCAAUAUGGUAUUAUAUAAUUAUAUGAUUUAAUAGAGCCCUUAUUUCUACUCUUUUAACUUUAAGAAGUAUUGAUAAGUCUAAUAAAUUAUUUUCUUCAUUGAAAAUAAGAUAAGGAUUUGUGAAAAUAAUAUUCAAACUAAAUCAAGGUAAUAUUAUAUAUAUAUAAAAAUCAUGAAAGUAUCUUACUUAAAUUAUUUCUUAAUUAUUUAUGGAUAUUUUCAGUAAUUUUUACUUUUAAUUUUUAAUUUUAAUUUUCAUUUACAUUUAUUAAUUAGACAAGUAACACAUCAUACUUUAUGGCUAACAAUAUGGAUUGCUAUUUAUCAUAAAUCUAUAAUAUAUCUCUAGUUUAUAAUAGAAUAAUCACGAUGACCGUGAUAAUGGUGUGCUAAUUAUUAAUAAUAUAUAUGGGGUUUAAGUUAUAUUCAAUAAUCAAACACUAGAAAUUUAAUAGCUGCAUAAUAUCUACUACACUCUUGUACUUAUAUGUAUCAAAUUAUGCUUCAUUAAUAAAGCAGUAUAAUUAAAUAAUAUUAUAUUAGACUUUUUUCAUUAUUGGCUAAGAGGAUUAUAUCUGAUAUAGAAUAUAUUUAAGGAGAUGUAUCGUUACUUUAUAAUUCAUAAAAUCAUUAAAAAUGGAUAAUUGGCUUUGUUUUACUUGGAUUAGGAUUGAUUGGAUUUCUCAUCCCAUCUGCUCUCUUUCUACUCUUAUACAUCUAAAGAGACAAACUAGAUAAGAUAAAGUUUAGAAAGCAUAUAUGUUAUCUAUUCAAUGAAUAUAAUAAUGAAAAUUACUUUUGGGAAUGGAUAAAAUUAUGGAAAAAAACAGUAAUUAUCCUUAUUAUGACAUAUUUUGAAACAAAUAUAUUUUUAAAGGCUUCAUUGCUUGGUUUAUGUUUACUACUGUAUUAAUUAUAUGCAGUAAGAUAAAAACCUUAUAUACUUAAUAAUUUAAACGAAUUAGAUGUAUCAACAGGAUAAAUAUGUUCCAUUGCAAUAUUUUUCGCUACAAUUAAAUAUAUAAAUGAAUAAUAAGGGAAUAAAUCUACCUCUGUUCUAAUCGAAAUGAUUUUAGUUUUACUCUGUUUGAAACUAAGUUAUCCUUUUAUUAUUGAUUUAUUAAGAGUCUAUUAUAAAAAAUACAAAAUUUUGCUAUUAAGUAAUUUAUAUGAUGCAUUGAAAAUAAUAAAUUGCAAUUUGAGUCUAACUAUUUAUUGUAAAUAGAAAAUUAAACUAAAUGAAGUAAAAUAAUUUAUAAUAAUAUAUUCCUAUAAAGAGAAUAAAAAUUUAAAAAAAAUUUAAGAAAAUUAAGAAUUCAUUUAUUAAAAAUAUCAAAAUUUUAAUUAGAAUAAUAAAAUUAUUUGGAUUUAUUAAAUUUGUAAUCAACAUCUAGACCAGCACUGGCUGGUCUUAAGUAAAAUGCAUAUAAGAUUAUUAUAUUAGAUACAUACAGAAAUCAAUAUUUAUGA